GUACCGGAAGCGGAAUGUACGUCACAUUGGCUGCGCCGUUCUUGAUCUAAAAGCUGAAGUGCUGAAUUCCCGGUUGUGGGGAUCAGGUCGGCGGCAGAAUGGCGGAGAAAAGUGGAGAGGAGAAGAUGAAGGCGAUGGAGGCCGAGAUGGCCCUGUUUGAGCAGGAGGUACUGGGUGCCCCCGUCGCGCUGCCUCCGGUUGAUCCCGUUCCCGUGGCUAUCCCAGCGGUUCCCAUCAUCCGGCCAAUUAUAGCAACGAACACCUAUCACCAGGUGCAGCAGAGCCUGCAGGCGCGGGCAGCGGCUGCAGCCAGUGUCGUGGCUCCGAUCAUCGCUCCCCCUGUACCGUUCGUUGGCCCAGCGAUACCACCUCCAAGGCCGCCUAUGAUGAGACCCAGUUUUAUCCCCCAUGCGUUGCAGAGGCCCCCCGAUCACCUGCAUGCGAUGCCCCGGCCUUCCUUUAUCCCCCACGUCCUGCAGCAGAGAGCAGGGGGUCCACGUCACCCCGGAAUGCCGCCCCCACAGCCACUGAUGUCUCAUCAGAUGCAUGGUCCUCCGCCACCACUCAUGGGUCACCAUAUGCCCCCACCUCCGUUAAACAUGAGGAGCGGACCACCUCCAGCUCCGGUGGGCCCCAUGCCCCCACCUCCCCGGCCUUCCGUACAGCCUUCCCCCAAAAUGAACCCAACUGUCAUACAGGCGGCUCCCACUGUUUACACGGCACCCCCUGUUAGGAAGGUAGAGGAGGAACCACCUGAACCCCCGGCCAUGGCCGACGAGAAGGAGAUGAGCUUCGACGAUGCGGUCAUUGGUCCGAGCAUGCCGGAAAUUGAACCCGUGCAGCCAGAGGCGAUCGUAGAACCCGUCCAAGAAGAUAAGAAGAAAGCGAAGCCCGAGAAAUUAAAACGAUGCAUCCGGACGGCAGCCGGUACCUCCUGGGAGGAUCAGAGUCUGCUGGAAUGGGAAACGGAUGAUUUCCGGAUUUUCUGCGGUGAUUUGGGGAAUGAGGUAAACGACGACAUCCUCGCCCGCGCCUUCAGCCGUUACCCGUCCUUCCUGAAGGCCAAGGUGAUUCGUGACAAGCGCACGGGAAAAACCAAAGGCUACGGCUUCGUCAGCUUCAAGGACCCCAACGACUACGUGAGAGCCAUGCGGGAGAUGAACGGUAAAUACGUCGGUUCCCGUCCCAUUAAACUCAGGAAAAGCAUGUGGAAAGAUCGGAACAUCGACGUCGUGCGCAAGAAGCAGCGAGAGAAGAAGAAGCUGGGCCUUAGAUAAACACCCAGCCGUACGGACUUGUUACAGUUUCAGAAGCCCGGCAUCCCCUCGGACCUCCGCCCAACGAUUUUAAUUCAUCCACACGUACAGUUCCCCCUCCCCAGACUCU